GGCGCGGCGGUUGGGCGAUGGCGACGGUGGCGGAGCUCAAAGCAGUUUUAAAGGACACACUGGAAAAAAGAGGUGCUCUUGGGCAAAUAAAAGCAAGGAUCAGAGCUGAAGUUUUUAAUGCACUGGACGACCAAAGUGAACCACGGCCACCACUGUCUCAUGAAAAUCUCUUAAUUAACGAACUAAUUCGUGAAUACCUGGAAUAUAACAAAUAUAAAUACGCAGCAUCUGUUUUAACUGCAGAAUCUGGCCAGUCUGAAGUGCCCUUGGAUAGACAGUUUCUUGCCAAAGAACUGAACAUAGUCGAAGAUGCAAAUGGAAAAUCAGUCAGACCUCUCUUGUAUGGAAUUAUCUCUCAUUUCUUACAUGGUGGUAAAGAAGAAAGUACCCAGAAUACUCUUCCAAAAGUGUCUUUGCUGAAUUAUCCAAAGCGGAACCUUGGCAAACCACCUACUGAGAGGAAUCAAAAAGAUAGAAUUCCAGAACCAGGAAGGAUGGCUGGCAUGAGCAUCGAAGAGCCCCUCGUUUUACAAAGUAUAAACAGAUGAGGUCUUUCAUAUGCUAAUUUCUCAUGUAAAGUUCUGCAAGAGUUAAUUUAUUAAAUUCUUCUUUGCAUAAAUUUCCCCAAUAUGUCCAGUGGGACCAUUUCAGCUUGUUAGAUCUAUCCAUGAGACAGGAUGGACAGGGUCAUACUUACUGUCAAUGAAAAAAAUAUUAGCAAAGGCUGUCUUCUUCUAGUGCCAAUAGAAGGAAAACUGCAUAUGAAGUCAGAUUAGUGAAGCCUGUGUCUAGAAUUGGGCCUAAAAAUACUGGUUUUACUUUAUAAAAAUUUAUCAGAUAACAUAAUUUCUGCACUUUGUUUAUUGUGUUAUGUCUUUGUGUGUCUUUCCUUUGUUGCCGAGUAAAAUUUUCCAGUAUUCUGUGUGGUAUUUUGAAAGUGUUCAAACUAAGUAUUUUAAUCAUUCUUCUUUAAAAAGAAGCUGUUGCUACUUUCGGAU